UACAAUGUUAUUAAAGAGAAUUUCCAAAAAAAAAAAAAAACAAAAAGAGCACAUUUAAAUGAUUUUUAAAGCCGUACCAAUAACCAAUAAAAUAAAAAUGAAAUAAGUAAGCCCAAUCAACGACUAUCAUACAUAUACGUAAGCCCAAUCACCAGAAAAGCACAUUAACUGCAAGGUGGAGAAUUCCAUCAUUCAAAAAGUACAACCACGCUACUUUUUCCUCCAAAUUCAACCCUAAAUUCUCUCAUUUUCAAUUCAAAUUCAUCACUAAAUCCUCUCAAUUUCACUUCUAUCUCUUUUAAUUUAGUCGAUCGAUUCGUCAAUUUUGUCAUCAUCAAUUUCAAAUUUACCCCAAUUACAGCUCGUCAAUUAGGGUUUUCUUUUUCAGAAUCGGAUUCAUUGGUUUAAUAAUUGAUGGGAAUUUCUAGGGUUUCCAUAGAACCCUCAAAUCCUUCUACUUCUUCUUCCUCGUCUCCGAUUACCUCAUCAAUUGCUGUAAUUGAGACUAUUAAUGGAAGCCAUGAAUUCAGAAUUAAUGGUUAUACUUUGUCGAAGGGGCUGGGAAUAGGGAAGUACAUUGCUUCUGAUACUUUCAUGGUGGGAGGUUAUUCCUGGGCUAUAUACUUCUACCCUGAUGGUAAAAGUCCCGAAGAUGCCGCGAGCUAUGUUUCGCUGUUCAUCGCCUUGGCUAGUGAAGGGACUGAUGUUAGAGCUUUGUUUGAAUUGAAGCUUCAAGAUCAAAGUGGGAAGGAGAAUCAUAAAGUUCAUUCUCAUUUCGGCCGGCCCCUUGAGACCGGGCCGUAUACUCUUAAAUACCGCGGUAGUAUGUGGGGCUAUAAACGCUUCUACAAAAGGACAACAUUGGAGUCAUCUGACUACCUUAAAGACGAUAGUCUUGUGAUCACAGGCACUGUUGGUGUUGUGAAAUCGCAUACAAAGGGACCUAAACAAUACUUAAUACCAGUCCCACCCUCUGAUAUAGGAAAGCAAUUUGGGCAACUUUUAGAGAGCAAGACCUGUACUGAUGUAAGCUUUGAAGUGGAUGGGGAGAUUUUUGACGCACACCAGGUGAUCCUGGCAGCCAGAUCACCUGUGUUUAGGGCUCAACUUUUUGGUCCGAUGAAGGAAAAAAAUAUGCAGUGCAUACGAGUUGAGGACAUAGAAGCUCCAGUGUUCAAGGCUUUGCUGCAUUUUAUUUAUUGGGAUGAAUUGCCAGAUAUGAACGAGCUGAUUGGUUCAAAUUACAAAGGAGCUUCAACCUUAAUGGCUCAGCAUAUGCUUGCUGCAGCAGACCGGUAUGGACUGGAGAGGCUAAAACUUCUAUGUGAGGCUAUACUAAGUGGAGAUGUUGCCAUAAAUAAUGUAGCAACAACUUUAGCCUUGGCUCAGCAGCAUCAGUGUUUCCAACUAAAGUCCAAGUGUCUGAAGUUCAUUGCAUCGCAUCAAAAUCUAAGAGCCGUAAUGCAGACAGAAGGUUUUGAGUACCUCAAAGAGAGCUGCCCGUCUGUCAUUAGUGAGCUACUGGAGUACGUAGCGAGAAUUAGUGAACAUUCUAAGGCUUCUUUUGCCAAUGGAAGUGAGGUCACUAUGCUGGAUGGUGGCGACAUGAAUGGAAGAAGAGUGAAGCAGCGGUUAUAUUGAGUACAUAAUUUCUUGUAGAAUUAUUCGAGUUAAUAAAUUAGGUUGUUAGACAAUUAAACAGAUCCUUGUUUGUUAGACUUUGUGAAUGUAUUUGACAAGGUAAUCUCCGGAUAUUGAUAUAUAGGGGCAAUUCUUUUAGCAUGGUUUCUAUGAAAUGUUAAUUUUACAGCGUGCUACAUAAGACAAUCAACGCUAAUACUCAGUAAUAUACUAUGAAACCUCUUAUGUAAAGCACAGGUUCAAAUUCUUCUUUCCAUAAUAUUUGUAAUUUGUAAUGCCAUUGUGGCUUUUGAAAAAAUUUGAAUGCAAAAGAAAAUAUUUUCCUUGGAUAA